CUUAACAGUGUGGACAACAGUGAAUACAUGAGGAAUGGAGAUUUCCUGCCCACCAGAUUACAGGCACAGCAGGAUGCUGUCAACAUUGUCUGUCACUCAAAGACCCGUACUAACCCAGAGAACAAUGUGGGCCUAAUCACAAUGGCAAAUAAUUGUGAGGUCCUCACCACUUUAACAUCAGACACAGGCCGCAUUGUCUCAAAGCUUCAUGCGAUUCAGCCACUGGGAGAAAUCUCCUUCUGCACUAGCAUACGAGUGGCACAUCUGGCACUAAAGCAUAGACAAGGCAAGAACCACAAGAUGAGG